AGUAUAUCGUGUUACACGGUCGUCGUGCGUUUUAUAAGCAGCAUCAGCAGCAGCAGCACAUCGCAUCAUCCACCUCCGAUUACCUACGCGCUACGUGAGUCGUCUCCUGUGUACAUGCUGCAUCUCAAAUGUCAGCGAAAACACCAUUUUUCACAAGUUGCCUCUAAUAUCUGUGACGCUGACGAUGAUACUUUUUUAGUAAUCAUUAUUUAUCGUUCAUAUUCAGAUAUUAAAUGCUGUAUUAUCGCUCUCGCAUUAAAGUUGCUUGCUGUGGUGUGAUCGACAUAAAAAAUCUCUGAAUUUGUGAUAACCUGCGCCUGUGACAUGUGAAGAGGCCAUGGAGGCCAAACUGUUGAAGAAAUUCUUGAAACGUUCCUACGGGACCGGUCAGACAAAAAAUGACAAUUCAGGAUUAUGGAUGACAGCUAGCGAAGCUAGUAGUUUAGGAUAUGAAGAAAUAGCUGAAAGACUUAGGGUAGAUAUUAAAAAGGGCCUUAGUUGGCAGGAAGCCACAGAAAGGCGAAAAGUUUUAGGUUAUAACGAAUUUAAAGUGAAAAACGGCGACCCGCCAUGGAAAAAGUACCUGGAGCAGUUCAAGAAUCCUCUGAUCUUGCUUCUGUUGGCCUCUGCGGUGGUGUCGGCGUGCAUGAGCCAGAUCGAUGACGCUGUCAGCAUCACGGUGGCGAUUGUGAUCGUUGUGACGGUCGCGUUCGUGCAGGAGUACAGAUCGGAACAGUCGCUGCAGGAACUCACCAAGUUGGUGCCGCCGCAAUGUCAUUGCGUUCGCGAGGGCAGCCCCGACACUUUCCUGGCUCGCGAGCUGGUGCCUGGCGACGUGGUUUUGUUGGGCAUCGGCGAUCGCGUCCCCGCCGACAUCAGGCUGUUCGAAGCUGUCGAUUUGGCGAUAGACGAAAGUUCCUUCACUGGCGAGACGGAGCCGGGGAGGAAGAGCACAGAUUCGGUUGUCAGACCGAACGGGGCGCACUCAUCAAACACUAACAGUGCGUUCAUGGGCACGCUGGUGCGAUGCGGAAACGGGAAGGGCAUAGUGGUGAGCACGGGCACAAACAGCGAAUUCGGCUCGGUGUUCAAGAUGAUGCUAGAAGAAGAAGCCCCGAAAACUCCGCUGCAAAGAUCGAUGGACAAACUUGGAGCGCAACUAUCCGUUUAUUCGUUCGGCAUAAUCGGCCUGAUUAUGGUGAUCGGUUGGGUCCAGGGCAAAGCUAUCAUGGAAAUGUUCACGAUCGGGGUGAGUCUGGCGGUGGCGGCCAUACCAGAAGGUCUGCCGAUCGUGGUGACCGUCACGCUCGCGCUUGGAGUGAUGCGGAUGGCCAAAAGGAAUGCGAUCGUCAAGAAACUGCCCACCGUUGAAACGCUAGGAUGCGUUAAUGUCAUAUGCUCAGAUAAAACAGGUACGAUAACGAAGAACGAGAUGACGGCGACGGUGCUGGUGACGUCAGACGGAUACAUCGCAGAACUGUCGGGAGCGGGAUACAACGAUCACGGACAAGUGUUGCUGCACAAAUGCGAUACGCCGGAAAAGGCCAGGGAAAGCGUUAGACAGCUACUAGAGGGUUUUUACAUGAUACACAUGCCGUUGCCUCAUAGGUACGAGAACAUCCAGCAGAUGCUUGACUACUGGGACGAGCAUUACGACCAAAAAUUGGCGUUAAGGCUCUUCAAGUUGCGGUCACCUUCUCGGAAUUUCGUGGGAGCGGUAUGCAACAAUGCGGUGAUCACGAACGAGGUAUUGUUGGGCCAGCCGACAGAGGGCGCUUUGAUCGCGGCCGCCAUGAAACACGGCAUGUACAACGUGGCAGAUCGAUACGUUCGACUGCAAGAGUAUCCGUUCAGUUCGGAGGCGAAAAUGAUGGCAGUCAGAUGCGCAUCCAAAUACGACAAGGACAAGGACGAGAUAUAUUUUGUUAAAGGUGCUAUUGAAAAAAUCCUACCGAAGUGCGUGCAAUACAGCUGGAACGGCGGCGUGCAGCCGUUGAGCGCUGCCAAGCAGCAGGAGUUCAUGGCGGAAGCGCACGAAGUGGCCAAAAAAGGCCUGCGCGUGAUCGCGAUGGCGAGAGGCCAUACGCUCAACGAGCUCGUUUACAUGGGCCUCGUAGGCAUCUGCGAUCCGCCCAGGCCGCUGGUCAGGGAGGCCAUUUGCAUACUUAAAGAAUCCGGAGUGCAGGUGAAAAUGGUCACAGGCGAUUCCAUGGAUACGGCCAUCGCUAUCGCUCAACUGGUGGGCCUGGAGACGGUGGCGUCGUUGGUGUUUUCUGGCGAGCAGCUGGACGCGUUCACCGAAACGGAAUUGGACGAGUGCGUGCCGAGGGCGACCGUCUUUUACCGAGUGUCGCCGAAGAACAAGCUGGCGAUCGUCAAGUCGUUACAACGCACCGGACACAUCGUCGGCAUGACCGGAGACGGCGUUAAUGACGGCGUCGCUCUAAAAAAGGCCGAUAUCGGCAUCGCGAUGGGCAAAAAUGGAACAGACGUAUGCAAAGAGGCCGCCGACAUGAUACUCGUAGACGACGACUUCUACACGAUCAUCGCUGCGAUCGAAGAAGGGAAAAGCAUCUUCUACAACAUCCGCAACUUUGUCAGUUUCCAACUGUCAACGUCGAUCGCCGCGUUGUCUCUGAUCGCGCUGACCACGAUGUUCGACAUCCCGAGCCCUCUGAACGCGAUGCAAAUCCUGUGGAUCAACAUAAUAAUGGACGGACCGCCCGCGCAGUCGCUCGGUGUCGAACCCGUCGAACAGGACGUCGUCAAACAGAAGGCGAGAGAUGUUCACGAACCGAUGAUCACGAAAAGGCUCAUCGCGAAUGUGCUUCUCUCGGCCGGCUUCAUCAUCGGAGGCACGCUCUUCGUAUUCCAGAGAGAGGUCGGUCACCGACCUACCAUAAAAACUUAGUUUAAUUCAUAAACUAAUACGAAAAAAACGAUGAUGAAUCAGACAGAAAGUCAUCCUUGUAUUGUAAAAAUAUCAACUUAUUUGAUCGACUGGAUAUUUGAGUUCUGAGGGAAUCACCGCGCGAGACACGACGAUGACAUUCACCUGCUUCGUUUUUUUCGACAUGUGGAACGCGCUGUCGUGCAGAUCGCAAACGAAGAGCGUCUUCACGAUCGGCUUCUUCACUAACAAAAUGUUCCUGAUCGCCGUCACGUUGUCGGUCGUCGGACAAAUGUUGGUCAUUUAUUUGCCGCCGUUGCAGAAAGUCUUUCAGACGGAGCCGAUCACCGCCUGGGAUCUAACCUUCUUGACGGUGCUCACUUCUUCGGUGUGGAUCUUCUCCGAAGUGAAGAAAGCGGUGGAGCGGUACGUGGAGCGGCGUUGCAAGGGCGGCAAGCGCUCCCCUCUCGAAUACGUAUGACAGCGUGGGGGGCCCCAGCGAAGAGAGCGGACCAAUCGGACGAUGGCACGUCGACGAGGCCGCAACUAGCUGCUCCCCCCCUAUUCAUCUCCCACUCCUCUACCCCUACAACCCUAGUUUUCUCCUCCUCUUUAAACGCCAUCGGCCGCCAUUCAAAUGUUAGACGAGGACACAUCAUCCGAACUAUUAUCCCGCAAUGAUUGUAUUAGUCGCUUAUUUUGCUCAUCAAUUUUUGUCUCAGUUCUUACCGUUUUGCAUUCCAUUUUUUCCCUUUGCUAUCGCAAUAAAUCACCUUCUUUGAUCUACUUUUUUUUUCGUUGUACCUAAAUCUCUUGUUACAUUGUAGCAAUUAUAUUAUCGACGACAUAUUUUAAUUGAUUAUCGGCUAAACUCUCACGAUGAUUUGAAAUGAAGGCAAUAUGAUUGUAAUUACCUCUCCGCCUCCGUUAUUCGAAUAUUCUUUAGGUAUGAUUAACAAUGCAACUGAAUAUUUAAUAAUGCCUAAAAUAUAUUCUUUGAUUACUCGAGGAUUUAUCGAGUGUAUAAUAAUUGUUAGAUUCAUAGAAUGAUCUGUCUUUACACCUGUUUAAACGAUGCUGUUAUGAGCAUUAAAUUUUAGAGAAACUAAAUAAUUUUAUUUAUCAAUCGUGGGAUAGUCAUACAGUUGCAUAUAAUACAUAUGUAUUUAGCUUUACGUAUUAUACAAGCCGCAUUGUGAAAUGGGCUGGAUUGGAUAGCUGUAUCUUUGGAAUAGUCGAAGGACGGAUAUGGACCGACAUGUACAUUAUAUGCAACAAUAUUAAUCGGAAUGAUCCAGCAAUAUACAGGGUCUGAAGAGUUCACGGAAGCCCACAAUAAUUUGUGAACUGAUAAUGGUAUGAAAAACUUAUCCCCGCGAUCGAUGGUUUUCAGGAUCAUUUGAAGGUUAAGUCAAGGUUUUUAAGUGGAACCCCGCUCCCCGAUUUUUGACCGCGUAAAUGCAACGAGCUUAUAAUUUUACGGUCAAAUAUGGUCUGGACCAUUUUUAAAUUUUGACCCUAGGAGGUCAUGUCAAGAUCAAACCCAGAUACAUGAUUUUCCGCGGAUAUGCAAUGUCGACCUUGGAUCUGACCAUGACCUUGAAUGUCGGGUCGAUUUUUGUUGCCAGGGAACAAUCCUGAAUGAGCAGUAAAGCUGGGGAUUGAACAGUUUUCUGAAUUAUCAAGAAACUACGGUAAACUUGUGUUUGAUUUUGAUAGUCAAGUUCCAAGAAUUAUUAAGGACAUAUUCGAACAUGAAAUUUUCUCUUUUCUCCAUUUCCGAAGUCGAAAUUAUAGGGUUCUAUUAAAGGAAGAGUUGACAUACCAACCAUCGAUUCAAAUAUCAUUAUUGUUUUUUGACUAGCUAAUCGAUGCCUGCGCAUACUUAAUUUUUUCGUUUCAUAACAGGUAUAAUAAAUACUCGUAAAUCUUAAAAAUUUAACCAUCUUUUAGUGAAAAUACACUCGCUUCGUAUUGCUAAAAUAUGAAUGUUGGUAAAAAUAAACUAAGGCUGUCGUAGAUAUUGUAGCAGCAAGCUGUUUAUGUAUGGACUAGUAACAUUUCACUUGAAUCUAUCAGUACACUAAACCCACGAAAAAACAUUAAUUCCACUUUGAACCUCCAGCGGAACGAAUCAAAAAAAAGUUCAAAUCAACUUUCGAUAUAUUCCAAACAAUAAUUGCUGGAAUCGUGACAUGACAUGACGAUUAGCGAAAUAUCGUCAACUGAUAUUUUCGGAAAAUGUUUCAUUUCUUAACCAUUCUAAUCUUUUUUUUUUCUUUUGACGAUGUCGGCAUUAGACACAAUACAGCUUACCGCAUUUUAGACCAAAUUCAUGUGUCUACAUAUUGAACAUAACUGUUAAAGUAUCAUAAACUAUUUUUUUAGUAUCGUAUACACAUAUUGUGUUAAGACAAGGUAAUAAUAAUAAUAAUAAUUUUUUGACAAAUUAUGCGCCUAAAGAUUCAUGUAUAUUCCACAAUCGGAUCUCGAAAAUUCCUUGUCGAUUCACUAGAAAUCCACCAAAUAUCAUAAAUAUACACUUAGAAAACCUUUAUUUCAAGUUUUGUUUUUGCUGUCAUCAAAUUGUAAUCAUUAUGCUUAGGAUGAAAAUAAAACAAUAUGUAAGUAUUCAAAAUAUAGAUAGAUGGUUUGCAAUAUACUCAUAUACUUAAGUAUUCAGACACGCAGAUGUAGUUAUUAUUGAAAACAACGUAGUGUAUUUCGGCAUUUUACUUUUUAUAUUCUUGAAAUGUUUCUGUGAUAGACUAAUGCUUAUUUGUAAUUUGCGCGCAGCAUAUCAAUGAACAAAACACAGUGCUCAAAAAGCGACAUGUUUUUUCUAACCUUUCGUGAUAACUAUUAUGGGAAUGUAAUUAAUCUUUUGAUUUGUAUCGAGUUUGUUCCAAAAUAUUUUCUUCGACGCUUUACGAAUAUUUGAAAAUUGACUAAAUCUGUAAACUGUAAUAUAAAUUAGAUUUCCAAGGAUGCCUUCAAUUCUACCGCAGCCGCCACUAAUUAGUGAAUUUUCCGAAUCAAUUUGAUAACUUAUUUGAGCAUUGUGCUUGGUGAACUUCUACCUACACUUCAGAAAACCUUAUUAUUUUAUUGCUUUAUGAUACAUGAGGGCAACUUUUUUGUUCUUCUCGCAGUAGAUACCCACAUAAUAAAAAGACCGUGCGAUGGUCAGUGGUUAUGUAGGCAACGAUUACUUGCCGAUUCUAUACAAUGUGUUCGGUCACGACAUAUCGAUAUUUAAGGGGGGUAUUUUUCAGCUAUUUUUAUCGACAAAUCCACCCCCUACAAUGUCCUAUAGCAAUUUCUAAUAACUGAAUACAUGAUAAAUUUGGUGUCAUUUGAACGAUAACAUGUUGCCCUAGCGUUUAUUGAAAAACUUGUAUUGAUACUAACCGCCAAACAUACUUAAAAACAGACAAAAACACAAAAUAAUAUGCAAGAAAAUUUAUUAUUUUGUGCAUUUCCGCACACCAUUCAAAAACUAGUAUGUGAAGUUGUACUUUUUUUGUGCUCUUCACUAUAUAUACUAAUCAGAUUCUUAAAUGUUUGGAAUUCUGUAAGUUACACGUUUACGCGGAUGAUACCCAGCUGUACUAUUCUUUUCCUAGUUCAGAUUGGCCAGCUGCCGAGUUGAAAAUAAACAGUGACUUGACUAACUUCUCUAAAAGAUUGCAAGAGCACUCAUUAAUAUUAAAUCCAAAUAAAUCAGCUGCUGUGAUCUUUGGUAAAGACCGUUCUUAUGUGAUUGAGAAUUUAAAUAUAACCAUAAAUAAUAUUAGAUUAAAAUACUGUGAUAAAGUUAAAAACUUAGGCUUAACAAUGGAUUAUAAUCUGAGGUUUCGUGAGCACAUAUCAAACUGUAUCCAAAAAUUUUAUCUGGCCAGCGAUCCUCCUCAUACUAACUCUCGGAUCUCGGGUAAACAUGUUGAGAAUCUCUUCUUCAUCUUAUGGAGACAGUAGCCGAUAACGGUUGUUUACUGGCCUUUGAAUCCCUUUUUCCGCCAGUCUCCGGUACGUAAAGGCAAAAGUCCUAACAUUUUGCGUAAUUGGGUCAGGAAAUCGUCUUCGAUAUUCUCUCACAGCAACUGCGCAUUUCCAUUGCAAAAGCCGUAAACAAACACCAACCAUAUCAGCAGCAUGGUGAUUUGAAAAUUUAUUACGUGGACGAUUUGGCAUGAUAGAGACUUGCGCAUGACUAAUAAAAUGUUCAGUCACAAAUCACUUCCAACUCGGAUAGGUUCAGAAAAUUGAUAUUGAAACUAGUCGGCACUGGUAACAAAAUUGACGUAUGAUCACCAAGCGUGGCGACUGACUACAAAACAUUCACUAUGACAGUGACAACAAAUAACCGGUUAUUACCAUCUCGAUAACGUGACCCUUUCGGUAGAUGUUGUCACACUCGUGCUCUCGAUACAUUCAUCUCUAUACCAGGAAUGUUGGAUUCGGUCCGCUACCUAAAUCUGGGAGCCUUGCCAAGGCUCAUGUUUAAGCAAUGUUUGUACUUAAAAUAACUAACAUAGGGUAAACAAUUUGGUGUCAUUUUGUAGAUACCAUAGUUAGCUGUAGAAUUAGCACAAAAAAAGUACAACUUCACAUACUAGUUUUUGAAUGGUUUACGGAGAUGCACAAAAUAAUCAAUUUUCUUGCAUGCUUUUUUGUUUUCGUCUGUUUUAAGUAUGUUUGACGGUUAGUAUCAAUACAAGUUUUUCAAUAAACGAUAGGGCAACAUGUUAUCGUUCUAGUGACACCAAAUUUACCAUUCUGUGACACUUAUGUACUCAGUUAUUACAAUUUUUUACAUGCACAAGCGUAAUCGUAACGUAAAAGUAAAAAUGGCAGCCAUUUCAAGGGUGGUGAGGUAGGACAUUGUAGGGGGGUGGAUCUGUCGAUAAAAAUAGCUGAAAAAUACCGCCCUUAAAUGUCGGUAUGUCGUCACCAAAUAUAUUGUAUAAGCAAUGGAAACAUGAGCGCUUACAAAAUUUUUGAUUGGUACAACGGGAAGGCUUUUGGCACUUAUUUGAGUCACUUACAACUGCCAUAUAUUUUAUUACAAUGUACUCCUCACCAUACAUGUUAUUUGUUAGGUGUAAAUUUAUAAGGAUUUUUGUUUGAAUUGCCCUUCAGAUGUUUAUGUAUGAUACUCUGUUUGAUAUAAAUUUAUUUUAAUAAAGUUCCUUCAAAGAGAAUAGCAAAAAAUAUCGUUAUAUUCGUAUGUCAUUUAUCAUUGUCGAAUUUACUACGAAAUUAUUCAGAGGCUGAUCUAAGAUGACAAACUGUGUGUGGGCCAAAUGCGAUUCAAAUGACAUCUGUAUUGUACGUAUUUUGGGUAACAACAGAAAUUGCAAAACUAUGGGACACUUGGAAAUUUAGGAUGUUAAAAAUGAAUUUUCUUUACCGGUGGCUAUAUACAAACGAUGCUCUUGUAGCCCAAAUGUUAAGAUGUUCAGGA